GAAGAAGAGAUAUGACGGAAUACGAUGAUCGCAGCUGUGCGUCAAAUAUGUUUUUACCGAGCUGCACUUAUUACGUUUCGACGCCCGAUUUUACUUCAGUCUCCUCCUUUUUACCGCAGACCACUUCGUGUCAGAUUAAUUUCCCCUAUUCUCCCAACAUAGCCCAAGUCCAACCUGUUCGAGAAGUCGCUUAUAGGGAUUAUGGACUGGACCAUCCCAAAUGGCACUACAGGGGCAAUUACGCGUCCUACUACUCUACGGACGAGAUAAUGCACCGGGACUUGAUCCAGUCCUCGAGCAGCAGGGCGGAUGUGAUAUUCAAAAACGAGUCCUUGUACGGCCACCACGGGGGGACGAGCUCGCCGUGCAAUUUCUUCACCGGUGUCGGCCGAAAUGGGGUGCUUCCCCAGGGCUUCGACCAGUUUCUUGACACGCCUAACUCGGACAAGCCCAACGCGGAGCUCCCUAAACAAAAGACAGACUCUGCCGUCCCCGGUGAUGCUGCGAAUAACAAUCAGGCUUUAACCAAACUGGAACAGCACAAAGCUGAGCCGACCGGGAGCGUCGACGAGGACUCAUCCUCCAACUGCGGCGACAGGACAAACCAACAAAGUUCAUCAACCAAGUCCAGGAAGAAGAGGUGUCCUUACACCAAAUACCAAAUCCGAGAACUUGAACGAGAGUUUUUCUUCAACGUGUACAUUAACAAAGAGAAGCGGCUCCAGCUGUCCAGGAUGUUAAACCUGACAGAUCGGCAGGUGAAGAUCUGGUUUCAGAAUAGAAGAAUGAAAGAGAAAAAGCUGAACCGCGACCGCCUACAGUAUUUCACUGGGAAUCCUUUAUUCUGAUACAUCACAUAGCCAGAGCCACACACACACACACACACACACGGAGUAAAUAGCAGCUACACACACACACAUGCUUUAAAGACUGGUCCCAUAUCUGAACUAUCACAUUUAAACAGCUGAUUUUACAAAUAUCUUGCAUUUGCAAAACCAAGCUGCUGGUAUUUUUUUUCCUCCUUUUUUUGCGACAAUUCCUGCAUUUAUUUAUUUGUAUUCACAUCUCUCUUUCUUCCGCGGUAUUGGCAACGAAUAUUUCAGCAAAUUGCGAGCUGUGCUUUGAAAUUAUUUAUAUAAAAAAAUCUAUGUAGGCUUCCUUCCUUGUGUAUGUACGUUUGUAAGACGCAUGUAAUGUACCUUGUGGUGUGAAAUAAAGUAGGCAAAGACAAAUGCAUCCUAUUCACGAAACCGGUCACAUGAGCAAAGUUUUACAAAGAAAAAAAUAAAAAAACAAAAUAACACAAGACGUUGGGGAAAUUUCCUACAGAUUCAUCAAUGGUUUGGAAGUUUGGCGCUUGCAGGCUUGUAUGGUCCCGUUAUUUCCUUUGCUUUGAAACACUGGAUUGUUUACUAAACCUUGAACCGUCUAGACAGUAUAAUAAAAAGUAGCUGUAAAUGUCUAAAUAGGGGGCUAUUGGACUUUGGUGUCCCAACCCCCAGACCACAUGAGGACUGAUUCUCCUUCCUGACUUUUAAGUACUUUAACUCCAGGCUAGAAAAAAAAAAGCUCGGAGAAUACAAGAGAUUGCUGCACACCACGUCCCAUAUUUAGCUCGUUUUGGCCUCUUGGCGCACUUGUAAUCCCACCAGAGUUUACUGGAAAACAGUGGAAAAUACUUUGGGCAGGACCGCCAUCUGGAAGGAUAAGUAGCUUUUCAAGUUUAUCUCCUUUUUGUUUUGUUUUUUUGUGUGUCGUAUUGGAAAUAGGUGUUUGCUCAAGAGGAGAUUGCGCGUUUCUGUGUGAUGCAGGUGAAACGGUUCCAUCAUUACGCAGCGGCUCCGCAAAGCAGAGAAAAGCACCUGGAUGCCAUAAAUAGUGUAAAUUAUUGUUAUUUUUUGUGCAACUAGUAGAGGAUCAGACUAAAUAAAUGCAUCGAUUCCUCACUAACAAGCGCUUUAUUGGUGUUUUAUGUGAUGCAGGAGGUCGUUAUUUUCACUUUAGCAACAGUUAAAACCCUCCCGUUUCUGCGCCCUUUGUUCGGAAAAACUAAAGUUUGGCGUUUGGAGAGAGAUUAACGUUAAUGUCAUUCGUGAUGUAUCAUAUUUAGCUGCAGUUAUUUCCCACAAAGGCUGUUAGAAAGCAAAUUUCAUUAAGCGUUCAGCUGGUUGUCAUGUUGUCCUACAGUGAAAUUGCGUUACCAACUGUGUGGGGUAUUUCGCUCUGAUUCUCGGUGUAUCCACAUGAGGGCAGACUUUCAGCUUUUGGGCCACCAGUGGAAAUGCACAGUUCAAGCAAUUUAACAUGCACCCUGCAUGAUAAUCAGUCAGUGGAGAGAAUAAUCAGUCCAGCACACGGGGUUGCUUCAAUUUUUUAUUUUAAUCAUUACUUCUUCCAGUCGACUGAAUUAUUGUUGCCUUUUCAGCAGAAUUUCUUUCUUUUUUUUUUAAUUAAGGAGAAAACCCCAAAGGCACUUGUGUGUGUGUGUUUUUUCCAAAUCUAUACAUUCACUCGUACAGCUCAUAGUUCCUCUGGAGACAAAGAAAUAAGAACAUAUCUAAUCUUAACACACCUUUUUUCCCCCCUCUCCACAUCCACUCCAAGGGGAUGUAAUUCCUCUUUCUUCCAAGCAGCAAUCACAUUUACAUAUCAUGUUCGUGCGUUUGGAAACAAAAGAAAUAUAAUUCUGCUUCGUGUCAUCCUCGUCGUAAAGCCUCAGAUGUUCACCUGCAGGCCUCUGAUAUCUCUCUCUGCAGGCUCCAAAUAUUAUUGCGUUGUUAAUAUUCAAAUACAUAUGCUUCGAAUUCAUUUCAUUUUAAUUCGCUGCUGUAUAACCCGCAUAUAACUGACAGAAAACUCACAGAUAUUCCGCCCAAAAAACACAUAGAUGCUACAAUUCCAAGUUUUCGGGUUUUGUUUGAAACCAUUUGUCGCUCUCUCUCUCUGUUUUUUAAUUUAACCCUUGUAUGCUUUAUUUGUAUAUGCUCUAUUGUUAUGCUUUAAAUAUCAUCGAAUCUGCUGGAAUUUGCUUUGACAUUGUUAUUAAUAUCAUUACAGGUGGUAAUAAUAACGAUCAGCAAUAAUACUGCGUAGUCCGCGCAUCGUUUUAGUUCUCUCUUUAUUUUUAUUUUUAGUUAAAAAUAUUCCUUGAGUCGAGUCUUGUGUAUAUUUUGUAUGCGUGUCUGAAUUGUUGAUUUCACCCUGAUGGAUAUACUCCCACAUUAAUAGGUUUGUUUUCCCGGUAUAUGGAAUAAUAGCAGUGUUAUCUUUGCGCAGUUGUCAUUAUUAUUAUCAUAGAAACAUGAUCAUUAAAAACAAAGUGAUGUCCAAGUUG